GACAGCUAAGUGGUAAUCUAUUCUACUGCACUUCAUAUAAAUCAAACUCAGCAAGCGCUUUUCAGCUAUUUCUAUGUAUCCUACCGGCGACCACGAUGUGGUCCAUUCGUAAACUGGUCUCUUGUCUACCGCAGGUCGAUCGUUUUCUGCCCCGAUUUGUGAGAAACAUCAGCAACAUAAACCGUGCGAAUGUGGACCUGAAGUACGGCACCGUGUCUGGUGCGGUGGAAAAGCUGCCGGAUGGAAACGAUUUCUACGCGUUUCGUGGCAUACCGUACGGUAUGGCACCGGUGGGCGAAAGCCGCUUCCAAUCUCCGCAACCGUUGGCAAGGUUCGCAUCUCCCGUGCUGGACUGCAGCACGGAACGAGACUGCUGUGUGGCGAAAAAUCCUUUCAAUCAACAGUGGCAAGGUUCGGAAAACUGUUUGCAUCUGAACGUGUACACACCGCGCAUGCAUCGAGCCGGCGCACCGUUACCGGUCAUGGUGUUUAUACAUGGCGGUGCGUUCAAGUACGGAAGCGGCAAUAGCGAUUGCUACUCACCGGAGUACCUGCUCGAGCAGAACGUGGUAGUCGUUACGUUCAACUAUCGGUUAGGUCCGCUCGGAUUUCUUCAUCUCCCGUCGCAGGGAGUUGAUGGUAAUGCUGCACUGAAGGAUCAACUGCUCGUACUGCGCUGGGUUGCCGAAAACAUAGCCCACUUUAACGGAGAUCCUGAGAAUGUAACGCUGUUCGGCGAGAGUGCCGGUGCAAUAUCGGCCCACCUUCAUCUCCUAUCGCCACUCUCGACCCAAUUCUUCCACAAAGCGAUUUGUCAGAGCAGCGUUGCGCUAGCGGACUACGCCGUACCGAACGAUACGCUCGGCAACACGCGGCGUCUGGCGCAGCUAAUAAACCCGACGGCCACUACCGAUCCAGCGAUGCUGGAAACGUUACGUACCGCAUCCGCCCAACAGUUGGCCGAGCUGUGCGAUCGAACGCCUGCCGCGGAGGAAAAGCGUGGAGCUAUUCUGAUGCCGUUCCGGCCAGUGGUGGAUCGAGCGGCGCAUGAUUCAAUUAUUCCGCUCCAUCCCAUCAAGGCCCUGCGCACUCCCGGCCACAUACCCUCCAUCCCACUGCUGCUCGGGUACAACGAUCGUGAAGGUGGCAGCUUUCUGAACCACAUCACCAAAUUCCCCGAACAGUAUCGGAACGAUAUGGAGCGCAUGAUACCGCGGACGCUCAACGUCAGGCACGGUACGCCGGAAGCGAAAGCGCUGGCACGCGAGAUCGAAACCCUGUACUACGGGCCGGAAGGUUAUACGCCGCGGAAUCGCAACGCGUGUGCAAAUCUGAUGUCCGAUUUCAGUUUCGGCAUCGCGAUGAGGAUCACGGCGGAGAUGCACGCUCGCUAUCAGCACCGAUCGCCACUGUACUUCUAUCGCUUCGAGUACGAUGGUGAGCUGAACCUGUACAAGAAGUUUCUACCGUACCCGGUGGCUGGUGCGUAUCAUGCCGACGAGCUAGGAUAUCUGUUCCGUAUGCGUAUGAACCCGAAGCAGGUACUGCCACAAUCGAACGAGGCACGUGUCCGCCGGUACAUGUGCCGCAUGUGGACCAACUUCGCGCGGUACGGCAACCCGACACCAGCGCACGACGAGUCACUCCCCUUUCGCUGGACACCUGUGCCACCGAUGGAACCGAGCUGCACGGAACCGUUCCACCUACCAUACUUACGCAUCGAUCCCGAACCACGGAUGGCGAUCGAUCCGGACCAGGACAGGAUAACGUUUUGGAAACACGUGUACGACAGAUUUAAUGGCGGUUUCCAACACCCUAAAACUACGCAUUAG